GGCGCGCCAGGACUCCCCGGCUCCGCGCGGGGAGGGGAGCCGCGGGUUGGGGAUGCGGUCAUCCCGGGGAGGCGCGCGCGUUCCCCGGAGCCGGCCCCCGCGCCAGGCCUGCCCGUGGGCGGCCGCCGCGCUCCCCGCCCCCCGCCCGAGCGCACCAUUGGCGGCGCCCCCGCCCCCCGCCGCCGUGGCCGCGCUCGGCGCGCGUCUCUCCUCCCUCCGCCGCGCCCGCCGCGCAUAAAGUCCCCGCGCCCCGGAACUUGUCGGCAAUGCCUGUUUUCCAGCUUUCGCCCGCGUUCUCCAAACUAACUGAGUGAAGGGCUGCGGCCGCAAAUGGUGUGACCACACGUAGGAUGGGACUUUACCUGAACGGCAGAUGCGUCUCGCUCAUCCUCGCGGUGCAAAUCGCCUCCCUGGUGCAGGCCGUUCGGGCCGCGGGCAAGUGUGAUGCUGUCUUCAAGGGCUUCUCCGACUGUCUCCUCAAGCUGGGCGACAGCAUGGCCAACUACCCGCAGGGCCUGGACGACAAGACCAACAUCCAGACCGCCUGCACAUACUGGGAGGAUUUCCACAGUUGCACUGUCACGGCCCUGACGGAUUGCCAGGAUGGGGCCAAAGAUUUGUGGGAUAAACUGAGAAAAGAAUCCAAAAACCUCAAUUUCCAGGGCAGCAUGUUCCAGCUGUGCGGCGGCGGCAGCGCGGCCUCGGGCGUCCUGCUCCCGGCGCCUGCCGUGCUGCUGGCCGCGCUCUCGGCAGCUCUGGCCGCCGCCUGGCUGCUCUGAGCGCGUCCCCCGCGCCCACCCACCAUCCACCUCCCGGAACGCCCAGGAAAGGCCCUUCACUCUCGGGGACGCGACAACCCGUGCCACCUCGCCCGCCGCGUGUCGGGACUGCGGGAAGCCGGGUCCCCGUGCCACCUCUCCGGCCCGCGCGCCCGCCCGCGCGCGCCCCCCCGCCGGCCGCGCCUCACUCAGCUUUCGUUCGUCUUCACACCAAAAUAAGACCCGCCUCAGAGACCCGCCCCCAUUGGUUUCCGAAUUUUAGGUUUUUCCGUUUUCCUUUUGGCAAAAGAAUCUCAGGAACGGCCCUGGGCCACCUCUAGUCGCCAUGUGGAUGGAACGCGCGCCGGGAUGGGCGCGGCAGGCCUGGCAGGGUCGGUGGCCGCGUCCCCGCGCGCCCGAGCGGAUGCCCCAGCGAGCGGCUUUCUGCCACUCUACCUUGUUUUCACCAUCGCCACUGCUCAUUUCUCCGAGAAAACCCUUCGUGUGGCCGAGUGGGAUGGAGAGAGAGGAAAAGGGUGGGGGGACCUGGUUGUCUAGGUGAAGCCCCGCCCGGACAGGCUGCGGGCCCCGCCAGGGACGACGCACCCCCGCCUGCCCACAGCCUUUCUGCCCGCCUCUUCCCUAGCCGUCACCCAUCCAGUACCGUCCAUCGGGAUAGAUCGCAGGGGGGGAUGUCAAAUGUUCAUCUAAAUUAUAGUUAAAAAAAUUUUGACAUAAAAGAGCCUUGAUUUUAAAAACAAAGAGAGAUGUAAUUUAAACAAAGUUUAUUAUAAAUUAAAUUCAGCAAAAAAUAAAAGAUUUGCUACAAAGUAUAGAGAAGUAUAAAAUAAAAAUUAUUGUUUGAGAUGG